AUGGCUUCUCAGCCAGGCGUGGACAUUGCCCAGGUACAAGCAUAUGCCCAAGGGGUAGAAGAGCGACAUAAGAGGCGUCAGCCUGACAGAUGGUUUGAUAGAAUUCAGGCUAAAAGGGCUAGGUCAGCUGGUUAUCCAGGAGAAUUUCGCAGCGAGCGAUUCCAGCAAUCUAGUAGGUAUCCCUCCCAGCCAGCUCGGAGUGUACCUCCACAGUUUCCAGGUGGAAGAGUUGAGAGCACCAGAUAUUUGGGGCCUAGUCAAAGCUCCAGAGCAUCAGGUGCCUGUUUUUCUUGUGGCCGCCAAGGCCAUAUUGCGAGGGAAUGUCCGUUUAAAAAUACUCCAGGUGGUAUAGCUCAGCCAACUGGGUCGGUUGCGGGUUCUUCUUCUUCUGUGUCUAUGCGCCCGAUAGGGCGGGGUAUGCAGAUACCGGCAGGCCGUGGUAGAGGUCAUGGUGGAAUUUCUAGUUCUGGCGGCCCUUCUAAUCAUAUAUAUGCUUUGGCUAGUAGACAAGAUCAGGAAGCGUCGCCAAAAGUAGUCACAGCUUCAUGUCGUGCCAAUGUAGACUGUAGAAAUAAAGUAGUUCGGUUCCAGUUUCCAGGUGAAUCAAUUGUUGAGUGGACAGGAAAUACGGCAUCGCCGAAGGGAAUUGCUGAAUCCUCUGUCAUGGAGAAAGUAAAGCGAUGUCAAUACCAGGACCCUGUUAUAACGAAGUAUAGAGAUGAAAUUCUCCGAUAG